CUUUGGUGUUAGUCAAUUUCCGAUGACAAGCCUACAAUUCAAUAACUAUAGAUAGUAGCUCGACAACUCAAUUGUCAUGGACGAGAUUAACCUCAAACGUAACAAUACUCUGCUCUCAUGACCUAAGUACAGCUAUGGUUAAUUCCAACUUCUCAGUGGCGGCAGUUCUGACUGCAACUUGUCUCUUCUCGUCCUACAUUACCGGCAUAUCUGCUUCUCAAAUCAGUGGACAAUGCGCAACCUCGAGAUAUGCACGACAGCCCCGGGCGUUGAUCGCAACAGAUAUGUCGAACGAGCCCGACGAUCAAAUGUCCCUCGUUCGCUUGCUCACCUACGCCAAUGAAAUCAACAUCACCACUAUAGCUGGCAUUACAUCCAACUGGAAGAACGAUUCAAUCGACCUUGACACCAUCAAAACAGUAAUCGGGGGCUAUGGUACUGUAGUGGAUAGUCUGAACGCCAAUCUUGUUUAUGGAGCAAUUGCUUACCCGACGAGCGACGAGCUGUUGGGGAGAGUCCGGGCAGGAUGGCCAGUAUACGGGCUGGCUGCUCUUGACCAAGACGAGAUUAGUGACGCAGCAAAACAGUUGAUCCAGGAUGUUGACGAAAGCAGCAUCUCAGACCCCCAAUAUGUCCUCCUGUGGGGUGGUGCGAAUGUGCUCGCAGAAGCCUUACAUUAUGUCACGAAAAAUCGAAUCAGCUCAUCGGUCGAUGAAUUCGUUUCCAAAGUUCGGGUCUAUUCGAUCUCCGAUCAAGACAAUGCUGGGAUAUGGAUUCGAUCGAACUAUCCUAAGAUCUUCUAUGUUGUAUCGUUGCAAGGGAUGAAUGAGUAUAUCAUGGCGUCAUGGAACGGCAUAUCCGGUGAGAAGUUUCGACACUUCGAUCAGGGAGGUCCUGAUUCAUCCAUCGUCACAAACGAAUGGCUCGAUGAGCACAUUCGGUUUGGACCACUAGGUGCGCAUUAUCCACAAUACCAAUUCAUCAUGGAAGGCGAUACGCCGUCAUACUUUCCACUCAUUCAAAACGGGCUUGGCGAUCCUGAGCAUCCUGAGUGGGGAAGUUGGGGCGGAAGGUUUACUCCACAAGAUAUCUCUGGACUUCACCGCGUCUAUGCGGAUACAGCAGAUUAUGUCAGAGGCCAGAGCGGCAAUAUGUACUACAGCAGCUUCGCAACUAUUUGGCGAUGGCGACAGGCAUAUCAAUACGAUUUUGCCGCAAGGAUGCAGUGGACAACAACGGGUUUCAAUGGCACAAAUCACGCGCCAGUGGCGGUGGUGAACGGUACUUGCGGGCCCGAGGCAUUGAAGCUCAAUUAUAGGUUCGGCGACUCUGUCGUGUUGGAUGCAUCCGAGAGUUGGGACCCGGAUGGAGAUGAUCUCUCAUUCCACUGGCUCCACUAUCGAGAAGUGGUGCAAAGACUAGAAGGUCAGAUCGAUAGUGAGAGUAAGAAUGUGUCAAUUGAAAGCCUGAAUGAUCAAGGCAGCCAGGUUAGCCUCACACCACUCAGCAACAUCACCACGCACAUAAUACUCCAAGUCCAGGAUACACAUGAGAUUAAUAUCACUACAUAUCGGCGUGUCAUACUUGACCCGAUAGAGUGACUUGUGAAAGCUCUGGAGGAAUAGCCGGUGUCUUGUGUGAUAUAAGUCACUGUAACAUUACGAAUGCUAGCGUUGGCAAUUGGCAAAAGUUCUGGUGUUCAGAAGUGCACUGCUAACGACGAAGAUCACGAUAACUGCUAAAUUGCGCGUUACUGCAAGUUGAUCCAAGGAACCAAUCAAAAAAUUCAUUAACACCCGACGCCAUGUCCGCGCCGUGAAAUUUCCUAGCAGUCAUAAUCAGAGGUCAUCAUAUCUAAUAAUCAAAGCACAGUCCAGUCC